UCUGUGCGCAGAGGCAGCGGGUGCGUGAGUGUGUGUGUGCGCGCGCGCGCCUGUGCUGCGUGUGUGUGUGUGUGUGUGUGCGCGAGCCAGCCAGUGUGUGUGAGAGAGACGCAGAGUAAGAUCGGACAAGCGAGCGGACUUGACAUACAAGAGAAGCAAGAAGCGAAGUAGUUGAGAAGUGAUCAUGGAGAGGAUGAUAUCAGGACGCGUGUGGCUCGCUUGCGUUUCUCUCUUCUUUACACUGCAAGUGUGUCUGGCUUCAGUGUCAGUGAAGGUGACUCCUACAGUGGAUGUGAUUAUAGGAGAAACUGCCCGGCUGCCCUGCUCCUACACCACCACCGGGGCCAUGGCCGUGGUCCAGUGGUUCAUUGAGUCUGCAGGCACACGGAAGCGUGUAGCUUUCAGGUCAUCCACAGGUGCCGGCCUUGAUAAAGAUAUACCGUUAACAGACCGUGUCACCAUGGAAACUGACAUGACCCUGGUCAUCUCUCCAGUAAAGGUGAUGGAUGAGAGGAGCUUCUUCUGCCAGGUGGACGGAGGACCCGUGGGUACCUCAGAGGCUGAGACCAAACUCAUGGUGUUCUUUGCUCCGGAAAAGCCAGUGGUGUCUGAAAAUACCCAAAUCAUUCCUUUAACCCCAAAUAACCCAGUUGCACAUAAGGUGGGCAAAUGCACCAGCAACAAUGGUCACCCUGAGCCUCGGAUCAUCUGGUUUAAAGACUCCAAACCUCUGCCAGAAGUGACCGAUCCUAAAGAGAAGAUAUACAUGGUCCCGAGUGUGGUGAAGGAGUCCUCAGGUCUCUUCACGGUCACAAGCACUCUGUACAUCCAACCCGAGAAGAUCGAUGCCAAGUCAGUGUUCCACUGCACCGCGGAGUACAGCAUGCCGAAUGGGGAUAUCAAAAAGGAGAACUCGGAACCGUUCAACCUCACGCUGCUCUACCCGGCAGAGAACGUGUUCUUCAAAUUGUUGAACACGUCACAGAUCAAAGAGGGAGAUGAUGUUCAGAUGAAAUGUGAGACGGAUGGGAACCCUCAGCCUCAGUUCGAGUUCACCAAAGAUGGAAGGACACUAGCAAGUGGGACGGGAUUGUUUAUUCUGCGCAAUGUCACUCGCAGUGACUCUGGUACCUACACAUGUGAAGCACAGGACUUUGAUGCUGAUAACGUUGAACUGACCAAGACCCUCACCAUCACUGUGCACCAUCUGGACCCAGUAUCUGUGGUGCCAGCCAGCCCUUUGAUGAUUAAAAAAGGUGAUCAGGCUGAGCUUCAGUGCAAGACCAGGUCUUCUGAUGAGUACACCCUUUCAUGGAUGAAGGAUGGUAAGCAGCUGCUUCAGAAAGGUGUCCUGACUCUGCAGUCCGCAAAUCUGGGCGAUGCUGGCGAGUAUGUGUGUGUUGCAUUAGUCCCCUCAGUGCCGGGCCUGAGGAAGCAAGCUAAUAUCACAGUAAUUGUCUCAGGUUCACCUGAGAUUGGUGAGCCCAUGCCAGGGAAGGUUGAAAAGCAGGGUAGUAUGGUCACUCUGAGGUGUUCUGCUCAAGGCUAUCCUGCUCCCCAGUUCGUCUGGAAACCCUCUGGCAAAGUGUCAUUAGAUGUAAAUGGAAAUACUUUCACCAGCACAGUCAUCCUGGAGGCCACAGCUGCCGUUAUCAAAGAUGGCGUCACUUGUGAGGCAAUCAAUAUGCACGGUGCAGACAGCAAGAAGAUCAUGGUCGAAAUCCAGUCAGACAACACCGUCGAACAAGAUAACGGUGUAAAAGCAGACACUCAGCAGGGUGGCUCUAAAGGAGUGGUGGCCGCUGUGUUGGUGUGUGUCCUGCUCCUGCUCCUGCUGGUGGCUGCUCUUUAUUUCCUCAGUAAGAGGGGAAGGAUGGCCUGUCGCAAGAAGGAGGUGAAGGAAGUUGCGCCCGGGGAGGAGAUGAAAUCCGGCAAGAAUGAGGAGUCAGGGCUGCUUAAUAAACCCCCUGUAGAGCCGUGAUAUGAGAGAAGAAUGUGGAGGAAGACAAAUCAUCUGAGGAAUUGAAGCAGGGGUGCUUGUGUUUUUUUUUUUCCUGAGUGAGGCUCCAACCUGAAGCAGAGGAGCAGAUAUAUCUGAGCUGUAAAUUUUGUUUAGGGUCGGGUUGGGGGAGGAAAUGGGGUUAGAAUCUGUGGGUGGGGUUUGACAUAGUGGUUGGGUUUAAGGACAGUGGGUUUGAACAACUUUUGUAAAAGUGGUCUUCUUUUAUUUUUUAUGCGGGUGGGGUAAAUUUAAAACUUUGGGGUUUUUGUUUUGCUAAAGUGAGAAACCAAUCAUGCAAAUCAUUGCCCACUCAUCAUGACUCUGCAAACUAGCUGUGGAAAAGAAAGCAUCGCAAACUCAAUCCAGCACCGGACAUGCUGCCAAAUUUCUUUUCUAUCCCAGAAUCCAGAUCUUUUAAUUAAAUCACUGUGCCACUGGAUUGAUCUUUACCCUCUUUUCAACUUAGUCUGCAUUAGACACUGCACUUACUGUCUGUUCUUUCUCAAAUUUUCCCACUGUAAGUGCACUGACACCUGCUGACCAUCUUUUAAAAACACUGCUCAUAAGCAUACUCUCUGUCCUGUACAAAUUGCCUGACCAUGGACUUGCAUGCUACUGAAAAUAGCCUGUCAUUUUCCCUACGUUGUAUGUAUAGCCAAAUGUUUGCUUUUUAAUAUUUUUUUUUUGAUAUCG